CGGGGUGCUAAUGUCACUUUGUGCCCUCUCGGAUGUGAUGUUCGCGGCAAGUUAUGUUGGGCGGCUGCUUCCUCGUUCGUCGCUUGCUGAUGACCCUCUUGUGGGCGUGCCGUGAACCAAGACCUGUUCUUUGUUGGUCGCUCUGUCAACUGCUGCUCGCGUCUGGGCCGGAAAAUUAAAUACGGCUAUACUAAUACCUGCCUGCCCACAAUGGCCACUCCCGCUCCGGCACCGAGGGCCCAGUUCGACGCUCACGGUCCUCACACCUCAGACACUCGGCCUGCCGCACCUGCACCGCCGUCACCCGGCCGCGCCCAAGUCCAGAACGCGCACCAGGUCCUGCCAAGCCCCAGGAGCUCGAGGUCCCCCAGCUUGGCCGCGAGCAUCUCCUCCAUCAAGCGGAAGCCCCUUUCUACCAGCGCCUCGGCCGUGGCACGGAGAUACUCGCAGUCGUCGCAGGCGCCGCGGUCACCGCCGUCGCCGCCGACCCAGCACUACCUCGACAUCUUGGACGAGCUGCCGAUGCCAGAGACGUUUGUCUCGCUCGCCGUAGAAAGCUCGUGGUAUGCAGGCGAAACCCCGAUAGUAGACCGGUUUGCCGACACCUACGAGUCGUCCUCCCAGGGAGGACUAAACAGCAAAGCCCUUCCACCAUUGCCGCCGCAGACCGACGCCGCAGAGCCUGGGCCCGAGGGUACCGCCGUGGCUCAGCCGCGAAACAUUCCAGAGCUCAACCCUGCUGCUUCUCAAACGCUACCCGCACUCUCGUACCGCGAACAUCAGCAGAAACCUCCCGCCGCCUCAGGCCCGAGCUUAAACCGCCGAGGUGGCGGCCAAGACUCAGACAUUGACUUGGACGUCACGCCGCACGUUGUUCGAGGGGGUGAAGGAACAGGUGGCGGCGCCGAUCAGCUGUCAGACACGAACAGCCAGCCGGGGACUCAAUCUCCUAAUACUAAUACCGUGGGGCCAAAGAUCAUGUCACUCUUUGCCCGCAAGCCCUCACCCCCGCACCUGAAGCUCAUACCGACUACCGAUAGCACCCCAAAACCAGCACCGGCGGCAUCAGCCAGCGACUCUACUCCAACCCCAAAAGCAGAUGCUGCAGAUAAUAAUCUUAAUCCUCAAAUCAGAUCCCCAGCACAAAAGUCCCCGGCAUCCUCGAAGCUAGGCACCUUCUUCGGCUGGUCCACCUCGUCGCCCUCGUCAACCGUCUUCUCGGACGGUCUCUCUCCCUUGCCUUCACCAUACUCGCCGAGGCCGCCGCAAUUCGCCGAUGACGCUCCACUCACAGCAGCAACAUCCAGCCCACCCACAGCCAAGCCGACUUAUGACAUCGCCGCGGAUGAGAGCCCUCUCGACUACUGCGAAGCGUACCUGCAGACCCCGCCCGACGCGACCACCCCAGUACCGGCGCCGACCGCCGACAAGAUCGAAGACAUGGAGGACGAGCUGAAAGCCAUCAGCGCGGAGCUGGCGGCGUCCAUCAGGCGCGAGAUGGACCUGGAGGACCUCGUCGACCGGCUGCAGGCGCAGGUCGGCGGCCGGGGAGACACGCCGGGAAAAAGAACCAGUGAUUACUUUUCCGACUCGGGCUACAGCUCCGCGAAGCUGUCGGAGCACGAUGCCAACCGCGAGGAGAUCACGCAGCUCCAGCGCCGCGCCGAGCAGGAGAAGGCCCAGGUCCGCCUGGAGCUGAGCCAGAAGCUGCAGGACGAGCGCGAGCGCCGCAGGGACCUGGACCGCCAGAUCCAGGAGCUGUCGGCGCGUGCCGCCCAGGCCGGUGGCCAGCUUGCCGCCAUAAGGGGCUCCCCCGACGACAUGGCCGACGCCGCCAGCGCCGCCGAGAGGGUAAAGGAGCUCGAGGGAUCGUGCGAGGACCUCCGCAGGCGGCUGACGGAGGAGCGCCAGGUUAAGAGCAACUUUGAGGACCUCCUCACGGCGCUCAAGGGCGAGCUGGAGAGUGCUGCCAACGAGCGCGACAACCUGCGCGACGAGGUUGUACCGCAGCUCAGGGCCCGCGUCGAGGGCCUAGAGCAGCAGGCGUCGGAGCACUCCAACCUAGUGUACGAGAGCACCAAGAUCCAGCAGGAGCUCCGCAACCUCCAGCUGGAGAAUGCAACGCUCAAGACGAGCAGGCCUGUACCGGAAGCUGAGGACAUGUCGAUGCCGGCGACCCGGCCAGCCCGCUCGACGUCGGUCAGCACGGCCCAGUCGGCUUUCAAGCUGCAGCAGGCGCCGCUCGGCCGAUCAAACACGGUCAAGGGCACGGUCGGCGGCGCACGCAAAGCCGAGGGGUCCCCGCUCAGUAGGUCCAACACGGUCAAGAGCACCAAAACCGAGGGGUCACCGCUGAGUCGGUCCAACACGGUCAAGAGCAUCCCUGCUGGUCCGCACCAGACGGAGUCGCGCGAGGCCAUAUCCGAGAGGCUCAAGGACGUAGAGGCGCAGCGCGACGCCCUCCACAACGCCCUCAAGAACCUGCUCGAGCGACAAGAGUUCCAGAACCGCGAGAACGAGAAGAAAAUUCGGAUUCUCGAGCAGGAGCGCACUCGGCUGCUGGCCGCGUCGCCCCAGAAGGCCGGAUACGAGCGCGAUGUGUCGAACCUCCGCGAAGAGAUUGCCCACCUGCGAAAGCGAGCCGAAGAGGCCAUGGAGCAGAAGUGGCAGGUCGAGAAGGGCCUGGGUGGCCUGAAGAUGGAUCUGGACCGCGCCGAGGAGGAGAUCGCAGGCCUCAGGAGUCUCCUUCGGGAGAAGGACAUCCUCAUCCCAGCCGCUUUCGCCAGGCAAUCGAGCACACUCGGCAAGGAGAACGACGCGACCCUGUCGACGCCCGUCAGCUCCGCCACUUUGGAAAAGGCGUACCAAGACCUCCAGGCCGCAUACGCCGAGGCUUUGGAACGCAUCAAGAAGCUGGAGCUGGGCACCGCCGACGACAAGACCAAGGAGGCCAUGCAACGGCUCGAGCGCUCGGUGACGGCCAGGAUGGAGGCGCGAAGCCGGGACGACGACGCCGAGGUGCAGCAGCUACGCGAGCGGGUUGAAAGCCUUGAGCAGUCGGCACAGACCAACAUGGAGGCCGAGCGCGACCUGGCGGAUCAGCUCCAGUCAUCGGCACGACGCGUCGAGGAGCUGGCGGCGCAGGUCCAGGCGCAGCUGGCCACCAACGCGUCGCUGCGGACGCGGCUCGCCGAGGCGGUGACGCGCGGCGAGUCGAACCAGCGGUCGAGCAAGGAGCGCAUCUCGUCGCUGCAGCAGCGGCUGCGGCAGCUCGAGGACGACCUGGUGGCGGCGCAGCAGGCGGCCGAGGACCGCAUCGCGCGGCAGGACGAGGAGCUGCGGCAGCUGCGCGAGGCCAACAACGGGCAGAUCCAGCGCCUCCGCGACGCCGCGGGCGGCCUGCGCUCGCCGUCGCAGCGCCUCUUCCCGCCGCGCUCGCCCCUGUCGCCCAUGUUCUCCAACGGCCUGCGCUCGCCCAGGCUGGGCUUGGGCUCGGGCUCGUCGCGCCCCACGUCGAGGACGGGGUCGCCGUCGGGCGGCCGCAGCAGCCCCCUGUCCCCGCCGGUGGUGGCGCGCGAGCGCGACGAGGACCAGGCGGCGCAGAUGGAGAAGCUCCGGGCCCGCGUCGCCCAGCUCGAGGGCGCGCUCUCGUCGGCCGACUCGGAGAUGCAGGAGGUGGUUGGCCGCAUGAACGCGGCCCAGAUCGAGGUGCUGGGGCUCCAGGAGGAGCGCGAGCAGGCAGUCCGCGAGACGCGCAGGCUGCAGAGGCUGCUCGAGGCGGAGCAGGCCAAGGCUUUUGAGGGCCGGUUCAAGGCCUUGAGCUCGAGUGCUAUGGCAUAAGUCGAAAUGAAACAAGCCGGCCACACGAGUGCCACGGCUUUUUUUUCUUCUUUUUCUGCCAUCGGCCAAGGCGGAAACUUGGCAUCUGUUGCCCAAUCUGGAUACCAGACCGAACGAAGAUGGGGCGGCAUAAAGCAAACAUGAGACCAACGCAAACCCUCCCGCUCCUCGGAACGACAAGCUCUACAUUUCCCCGCGCGUACGAACAAACGCCCCGAUACCCCCUCGUGGUUCACGACCCGUCCGCCGCCACUGUACAAGAUCCCCUAAUAGUCUAUUCUGUCCUACGCAUUUACGCCACUUGGGAGCCCGCGAGUUGCAGCAUUAUACAUGGUGUUUGGGCGGUAAUUUCUAGUCUGGAUUCUUUUUUCUUUUUUUCUUUUUUUCUUUUUCGUUCUUGUUUUGGAUUGACACCACAAGAAUUAUUUACCACAUGACGCACUAGCCGGCCUCCUUUUUACGGUCGUUGCUGCUGCCUCUAUUUCUUACAUAGUGUAUUACCUAACUCCUCUUUCAGGGUUUUCCUUUCGGCGCUUCAAUUCCACUAGGUACUCCCCGAGGAACCGAGACAGCAUGGCGUCUUGUGUUUUUUUCCUUUGCGAGCGCGCGCCGUCGUGCGACGGGGGAUUGGGAGGUUCCGAGGAGGUGUCACAAAGGAAGAGGAAGGAAAGAAGAAUGAAUUUAGCAUGACAAGAAGCAGAGCGGGGCAACAACAUUGGGAGGGCCUGCCUCGCAUGGGAAGAGGGCUUUAGAUGGUCCUGGUUGGAUGACGGGAGAAAGGAUAUGCUCGAGAGGGGGAACUGGAAAGGACUCAUGGGAGGAAAAGGGGGAACAUGUGACACGGGCGGGCAGACGAGCAUCUGCGUUGCCGUUCGUGCCCGGCUGCUCCUCGAGCAAUUGCUAGAUUGUAUCGGGUAGUGGGCGUUAAAUCCAGUCAUUCGGCCAUGCAAACAUGGGAGCGAGCGUUGAAUCCAUUGUGAA